UUUGGUUUCACAAGACUAGACCCUAGAUCUAGAGAUUCUAUAGAAUCUAUAGACUAUAGAGGUCUAUAGAGUCUAUAUAUAUAUAGAUUCUAGACUCUAGAUUUAGAUCUAUAACUAUAGAUAGAUCUAGAGUCGCUAAAUUAUAGAUAUUAUAGAUCUAGUCUAGUUGAAGUAGUUGCAUUCGGAAAAAAACUCUAAGAAAAAAAAGUUAUUAAAAUUAAAAGCUCAAUAUUUAUAUAUAGGAUCUAGACAAGGGAGAUCAAUCUGUUUGUCAACAUGUCGACCUGUCUAGGUACCACUAGAUUUUUUUUUUUAUAUCUACUAACUGUAGGAUGGUAAAGCCUAAGAAGUUUGGAUUCAAAAGAAUGAGCUGGUGUUCACACAGAUUUGGUCCACGAUAUAGGCUAUUGCUAGUUCUAUGUCUCCUGUUCCUUUGUGUCACAAUUGCAUUUUGGCUUCACUAUCGAUUCUCUAGACCUUAUUAUAGAGGAGUUGAAGAGCUUGAUCCGAAAAUAUGGGACUUACUUGGACCUCAGGAAAAAUCCACUGUUAAACCCUCAACAACAACAAGGUCACCACAGAUUCACAUCAAAAAAAUUUCAGAAAUUAAAAUUCGUGACAUUUGGACUGUGAAAGAAGUGGAGGAACAUUUUUUCAGAUAUUUAGAAAACAAAGAUGUUAAGUGUGUCAAAGAUGCACGGCUGGGCAGCUGGAACGAUGGAGGAUGGAAUGUGUGCUUAUCUCCACCUUACAAAUUGAUACCUCCGUGUGUUGUCUACUCAUUUGGAAUUGGGGAUGACUGGCAUUUUGAUGAGAGUGUUGCUAAUAGUUACAGCUGUCAAGUCUUGGCCUUUGAUCCUAGCAUUGAAGCCCCGCAAGCCAUGAGUAGUCCGCUGAUCAAGUUUUACAAAAUUGGUUUGGGGGACAAAAAUGAGGUCAAUUCAAAAGGCUGGAAAAUGAAAACUUUGAAGCAACAUUUCAAAGAUACAGGCUUUUGGGGUAAGACCAUUGACUAUGUCAAAAUGGACAUUGAGUACAGUGAGUGGGAUGUACUUCGUCAAGUUGUCAGGGAUGGGGCUUUAAAGAAUGUGAAGCAGUUGGCCUUUGAAAUACACACACCAGAGCUCUUUCGGAUCUACAAGGAGAAGGGAAAGUCUUUUCCAGAGAGGCUAGGAGAAAAGGACAGAGCUGAUUUUGUAGUCAUGCUAGAAACAUUGCGCUCCCUGGAAACAUUGGGCUUCAGGAAGUUCAACUACAGACUCAAUCCAUUUGGUAAUUAUGACUCACCUUACAGUUCAAAAGUUCGCUCCUGCUGUUAUGAUCUUCAUUACAUUAACACAAACUUCCUGAGGGAAAAUGACUCAGUCAUUCAUACAAAGGACUUAAAGAUUUUUCACUGAUACUGUGUGUGUUCAUGUUGUAUUCUGUUCAAAAAGGCAUAGGAGAAGCUUGCAGCUAAAUGUACAUAUGUUUCUAUAAUUAAAAUGUAAUAUUUGGCAUAUAUUAUCUUGCUAUUAAAACUGUUUGCUGCCAACAGGGAACAAGUUCAGAAUAUCAAAAAUGUUAAGCAGCCUACAAAAUAUAACAAACGGUCAGUAGUUUAAACCAUUUAACUAUUCAAAGAUAUUUUUAUAGAAUUACUUUUUUUCCUUUUAAUGACUUUUUUUUUUUCAACCCAUUGUCCUCAUUUGGUACUUUUACCUCCCUUCUUGAUCAAGCUUUUAGAACAAUGCAAGGCCAUUAGAACUGUUUGUAAAAAAAAAAUAUUUUUUUUGUUUGAAAAUAAAAUUGUAUAUCUAGCUGCUAGAUGAAGUAGAGCACAAAUAUCAGACAGCAUUCUUUUAGUGUUAGUUUCCACUCUAAAUUUACUCCAUCCUGAAAUUAGUGCUUCAUUUUUAAGUGUGCUCGUUUCUUUUAUACAAUUCUAGUUUCUUGUAAAGUCUUUUAUUUUUACAUCAUGUUAUCAACUCCAAAACUGCAUGGCUGUCUUGGACUCAUGUUCUAAUAAGAGGACAUGAAGAUGUUUUGUUUUUUUUCAGGAACAAAUUCUGUAGUAUUUACAUUGUUGCUAUAGAUCAGUGGUUCCCAAACUUUUUUGUCUCGUAGACCCCUUGCCAUGUUUUAUGAUAUUUGGUAGACCCCCUGAUUAACUUUUAUUGCAAAUUAGUAAAUUCAACUCCAUUUUUAAACAAAUAUCUAACUGUAGUGAGUCGAUGAGUGAAAAAGUUAUUUAAAGCUACAUUUAAAGUUAUAGAGAUCUAUCCUUUUUUAUUGAUAAAGUUCAAAUUUAAUCCAAUUAAAAUAUCAAUUAAUAUGUAUUACUGGAAUCACCAAAUACACUGGAAAUAUUUUAUUGCUGGUUCAUUAUCCGUUGCUACGGAUAUUGAAUGCUAUAUAGGAAUUUGUGGUUUAAUUAAGUAGUCCUUCAAACAUUUAAUGUUAAUUAAUAAAUUUGGCUUAAGCAUCAUUGUACAAGUUUUCGCAAAGAGUUUCUGGUGUAUUUCUUUAUCAUUCACGUCUCCUCAAAUUUUGGGCCCGCGUCACUAUCUUUACUAAAGAAGAAGGGGCAAAGGCUUCGGGCGGGCGGGACUCAUUAGCCUUGGCUUGCAACCCACCUAGCAGAAGGAAAACUGAAUUCAAACCUCUGCCACCUUGCAGCUAUACCCAAACAUGGGAAAGGCUUAGUGCGUCAAACCUGACGAAAAAUAAGGGAGUUUACAUCACACAGCGCGCUACACUCUGUCAGAGCCUAUGACGCAGCUGAUCCCAAACUGUAUAUGUCGUUUGCAAAAAAUUAUAUAAGAUGUUAUAACUCAUACCACUGAUGUGCCCAUGAACUGUGCUGUUGCUUAAAGAAUUUUGUUUAAUAAUAUUAAAUGUACUGUUAUGUAAAAAAAAAGUUUUAAAAACUACUUCAACAGCUGGUAAAUUCAAUGUUUUAUCUAUAGUGUUUUCCGUAUUUGGCAAUAAGUAAAAAGAUCUUGUAAACCGCUCACAGACCACGAUCUUCUCUAUGUGAUGUUGAAGAGAGAUUUUGUGGGUCUAUUCUGAACUUUAUCUUUGAGAGUUUGAAAGUUUUUCAAACCUUUAUCUUUUUAUCAGGAUGGCAUCGUCUCAAAAAAAAAGGCACUUAGAAAACCGCUUGUAUGACAAUGAAGGAAUAAAUUCCCAAUUUUAAAUAAUAAACGCUGUAGAAUCUACAUUUCUUUUUGUAAAAAGUUAGUUACAUGUAGACACAAUUAAGCAAUUUAGAUAAGUAUUGAAAUUAAAUACAACAAUUUUUCGUUUGAUUAGCAGGAUAAAUAUUUAAAGGAUUAACUAAGGUACAAAUCAUUUAUUAGUAAAUGAAUUAAUUACUGGGAUGUAGAAAUUAAAGUCAAGACCUGCUUAAAUGAAAUCCAUUAUCAUAGACCCCCUUGGGUAUCUCAUAGACCCCCAAUUUAUUGCUUCCCUUUCGUAGACCCCUUGGAAGACUUCGUAGACCCCUGGGGGUCUAUAUAGACCACUUUGGGAAUCACUGCUAUAGAUCUAGAUUUGAAAACUAAUCAAGUAAAAAGGACAUUAUAAGCAAUGUUCACAAAAUUAAAUUUUCACCUUCCUGGUUGAAACUUAUAAGUCUCUUUCAUGAAAGGUGUCUUCUAAAGAUUAAUUCAUGUUUUCUGGCAGAUGUUUCAAUUCAUCUCCACCAUUGCCAGUCUGCCAUCUUUGUCAUGUCAGGCACCAAACAAGAUAAGCUGGCAGAUAGAUAAUCACAUGACAGUCUAGCACACUACAAAAUAUCUUUCACACUUCAGUAUUGGCCUUUCAUGACCUUCACUUUAUUUGACAUGCACUCUUACUUUACAAAGUGUGUGCUGUAGAUGCCAGUAGAAUGCAUUUCUGCUGCACAUAACUUGAGAAAUUCUUUAUCACUGGCCUUUUGGGGGGGGGGGGCGGUUGGGCUACAGGCGUAAGCUUAAGAAACACUGUUUAAUGGUUAAUACUUUUAAUUGUGCCUGCUAUCAUCAUGUUGUUAUUAGUGCCAGGACGCAUUAAUCGUCUUAUAAAAGGAAGACCUGAAACUUAACACAUUCUGAAUAUUAGCCACCAUUGUAAAACACAUUAUUUUUUCACAAACAUUCCUCACAAAUUUGGUCAAUGGUAAUUUAUUUAUUUAGCAAUACUUAAUUGUUAUGUAUUAUGUAUAUUAAUGCUAGUAUUAUUAAAAGUUUACAGUUUACUCCAAAGAAACUCUUCUUUUAUACAAAGUUGCACUUAUCUCUUAAUUAAGUUUCAUUCCAAACAACUGUGGCUAUCAGUUUGUUAAGUUUCAUUCCUAACAACUGUUGCUAUCAGUUUGUUAAGCUUCAUUCCAAACAAUUGUGGCUAUCAGUUUGUUAAGUUUCAUUCCUAACAACUGUUGCUAUCAGUUUGUUAAGUCUCAUUCCAAACAACUGUGGCUAUCAGUUUGUUAAGUUUCAAAAUUUCAUCUGCUUUUAUUUUUAUUUUCAAAACUGAAAGUUAACAACCUAUUUCUGCUUAUCAGACUUCAGGAUAUUAUUUAAACUGUCUGUAUAUGACAAUAUUUGCUCGAACUCAUUCUGUACCCCAUAAAACUUUAUUAAAUAAUAUAUACUAUCAAUCUGUUUUUGUAUAUAAUGUUUUGUUAAACACAUUCCAAUUGAUAUUUUUAUAUAUUAAAAGAAGUAAUAUGUUUAACAUGUGAUUGUGUCCAAGAGUGUGUGUGUGUAAAUUAUUAUUCUUGUAGAUUCAAGUCAAAUUUGUGGAAAGGAAAAUAGGAAGAAUUACUCUACACAUUUUAGGAUAAGAUUCAUUUUUUCCUGGUGAAUGAUAUGAGAUUGUUAUGAAUUCUGAAAAAGUAUUAUUAUUUUAUUUUAAUCUUGCUUAAUGAUGAGAUACUGGGUUUUAUGAGCAUAAUACUUUGUAGAAGUUAUAGGCAAAAGUAAAGCGACUAUGUGGGUAUUCUUAGGUUGAAGUUCCCUUUUUAUACUAAAGAGGAUUGACUACGAAUUCUUCAUGGGAAGAGAGGAAGGGUACUAUGAAGAUAAUCACAAAAAAUGCUUUCUAUUCAGCCACCAGCCAGUUUGUGUUAUAGCAUGUUUUCAUGUGCUUUCUUUUCUAAAAUUUUCAAUUUCUCUUAUUCAGUCACCAACCAGUCUAUGUUUUGGCAGUCUUUUCUAUGAUCUUCCUUGUUUGAAACUUUCUAGUCCUCCUAGGCAGCCAAUAAAUCGUAUAUGUUUUGGCAGCAUUUUCUAUGUGCUUCUUGUCUGUAACUUGUCUUGCUUUAAAGUGUGUCCAGUCCACGGUAGUAUGCUUGGAUGUAUUUUGGAUUUACUUUCCACUAAAUUAUGGAUCUGUAGCAUGACCUAGUCAAUGCUAGAAACAUCCUAUACACACGUCACAUGAAAGUAUUUGGGCUAGCUAGUGAAGAGAAAACAAUUACAGUUGAUGUUAUCGAAACCAACCAUGUGUAACAAUGAAAGCCAGUUUUAUUCUGUAAUGAAAAAUUAUACUCCAUUAAUACUUUCAUUUUUUUUUUUUUUUUUUCAUUUUGAGUAUAUUUAUAUGAUUUGUGACAUUUGUAUGCUUUAAAAUACUUUUUAUAUUAUUAUAUAUUUAAAGCUUUAAAUUUAAAACUGUAUGAUGCUGUUUAAAACAUAAGCACUUUUUAGGCUUAGGAUCUAAGUGUUGGGCACUGUGUUUGUAAUGAACACAGUUCAGCAGGAAACUAAAAAUGAGAAGUAUUUAGUUUCCUUUCUUAUUCAUCCAUUAUGUUUUAAAACUUUGUCUUAUCGUAUCUUAUAAAAUACAGAUAUAUUUAAAAAAAGAAGAUGAUUAUGUCCUACUCAUGUCCUUAGGUCAAUCUAAUCAUGCAUAUUAAUUAAUAACUUAAACUCAUUAGUUUUCCUGGCUGAUUUUGGCAACUCACUACAUGCUCUAAUAGCACUAGGGAAGAAAGAGUAUUUGUAAAAAUUUAUCCUGUCAGGAACGAGGAAUGUGCCUUAAUCUUUGUGUCUUUCUGAGUAUUUUAUUAGGUUUUGUUUUUGUGAUUGAAGAUUAUUGUUCAGUGUUUUAUGUAUAAUUGCAACUUUACUUGUAAGUCUUCUAUCUUUAUCUAAAUUUAAUGAUUUUACUCUAAUCAAAUGUGUACUUGUUUUUCAUGAAUCUCAAUGCUCUAUUUUGUGUCUGUUCUAGUUUCUUAAUGUAUUCUUGAGUUGGGGGGUUCUAAACAAAGGAUACAUUUUCUAUUAUUGGCCUCUUUCUACAUUUGUUUCAGAUUUUGAAACUAUUUUACUCAUCUGUUUAUUUUUAUGGAUGGUAAGUAAAGAAAGGGAACUCCUUUCAAACCUUGUGAGCCGUAAGACAGAUGCUAUAAAAGUCAUCUUUUUUUGUUGUUGUUGUUUAUUUGGCCAAGAGAGAACAAAGGUGGCCAGCGCAAUAAAAAACUGAUUGACUUUACUUAUCCAACUAAUGUCAGGUAUCCAUAAGAGUUGGGUGAACUGGUUGUGAAUUUUGUAUUUUCUGAGUAGAAGUAUUUUACUCAUAUUUAUAUCAUUUCUGUGAAUACUUUUCUAAAGAUGUAUUAAUACAUCUAGUAAUGUAUACUGUGUGCUUGAUAGUUUUUGAAGAAUGUAAAGAGCUGUAUUUGUUAACACAUUUUUUUUUCAUUAUAAAUUCAUGUCUUGUUUUUGUAAAUAAAGUGAGACUUUUCUGUU